AUGGCAUGGCCCGUUAUCGGUGUGGGGGAGCCAUCGUCAUACAAAACGGAACCAGGGGUCGUGGAAGCUAACAUCAUACCAGGAAUUGAUCGCACUCUCAUCGACAUCUCGUCGGCAAUGUGCAGCUUGCUACCUGAGAAUGAUGGUACCUGGAAUAAAAAGCCGCCGUGGAUGCGGCAAUUUGCGAUGAAAGAACUCCUCAAUGCUAUCGAUCAAACCUCCUACAGCCCUAUUCAUGUUCAGUCUUCAGAUGUGGCACCCCGGGUCUCAACAGAGAUCACUACCAAGCAAUUUAAUUCACUCCAUGAAUACCAACAAAUUCCUAACCAUCUAAGUUUCCCAGCGGAACAGCUUGCCGUUCAAUUUUUCUUUUCUAUUUUCCAUAGUCCGGACGAUGCACGGGUGCGUACAGCAUAUUUGGAUUUCUUCCCUUCUGCAUUUUUAAAGUCAAGUCCAAACUCUGUCAUCUAUCUUUCUACCUUAUCGGUUGCGUGCUCCGCUGUCGGUUCGCUAUGUGGCUCACCUAGGGAGAAGUGGCUUGGAGAUAUGUACUUUUACAGAGCCAUUUCGGCAGUGAGGAAGGCACUUGAAGAUGAAACAACAAGAGAGAAUGACGAAACACUUAUCGGCAUAUUACUGCUGAGGAUAUACGAAGUACUGCAAGCAGUUAAACAAGCGAAGCAGCCAGAAUCAAUACAUGCGCGCGGUGCGGCAGCUUUGGUUCAACUCCGUAGCCAGAGGAAUGCUAUAAAUAGGUUAUCUGUCGAUUUGACGAACACAGCUCGAGUUGAGCUUGUAAGUCUGCCUCGGCCCCUUAAAAACUUCUCAAGCGGCCAGAAUCACAAUCUAAUGAGAAACCAGAUGGCAAUGUCCAUAUGGAAUGGGGAACCAACGGUAAAUGUCGUAACCGAUAACUUGCUACUACCCUUUGAUCACCAUCCUUUGACGCUAUUGAUCUCCCUAGCGUCAAGGGCACUGGAUCUACAGAACCUUUUCAAAAGGCUUCGCCCUGCCACUGCGAAAAGGGAUGAUAUUCUCCGGCUCCUACAACAAGCACUCGUGGUCGACAACGAUAUCCAUAACUGGCUUGUUUCGCUAUCCGAAAUAUGUUUCCCAGGAAGGGUCAGCUCGUCUCCCAGUAGCGACGAGCCGAUAUUCCUGGGCGAGGGCCACGAUGACCUCACGAAAAAGGAGUCCUUUGCCCACAUAUUGAACCGUUACCGCACAUCACGGCUCAUGGCACAAUACGUGAUUGCGGGCUGCAUAUCCCAACUCGACCAGCUGGAGCUAAGCGCACAACUUGAGUCAUCAAGAGCGACUAUUCAGGACCUCGCUGAUGGCAUCUGCGCUACGCUCAAGCUAUAUAAGUCGGAUGAUUACCAGACUUUCCACGAUUUCGGUGUAGCUCUUCAGUCGCCCGACCGUGUGCUUCGGUAUCGACUUAGGAUGGUGACGGAAACGUGGACCCUGUUGCCCUACCUUACCUUCGUUGUGAGUCAGGGGUUUAUCUUGCGCGAAGGGCAGGUUGAAUGGAUUCAAAACAAGAUAGAUCAGAUCUACUCUUUCUAUCAGGAGUGUGAGUCGACUCCGAUUACCUAG